AUGGAUCACAAAGGUUUUGUAUAUAAAAAUAAUGGGGGCAUCCAUAAAAAUAAGAGUGUUCGAUAUUUGAUCUGCAAAACCAAAUAUUGCAAAGGCUUUGCUAAAAUGUUUGCGAAUGGGACAAUUGUUGAGUUGGAGAAACAUACGCAUGACCCUGAUGAACCAGACCACAAUCACAUUUUAAAAAAAGCAUUUAGGCAAAUACUGAAAGGCCGUUCUAAAAACGAGACAACAAGACUCCGGACAAUAUAUGAUGAAGAAAUGAUUAGAAAUUCAGCUGCUGCAACCAUAUACUCAUGGCCAGUGGCUGAAAUCUCGAUGAGAAAAGCUAGGAGAACAACUAUGCCAGUUUUACCAUCAUCAUUGAGCGAAUUGGCAAACUUCCUAGAUUUCAAUGUGCAACGUUAUACAUGUUGUCAACAGCCCUUCUUCCAAGAUAAGGUUACAGAUACACACGGGAAAUGUUCAAUAAUUUUUGCAUGCAGUGAACUUAUUAGGAAAAUUGUUAUGCUUGGGAGUGAUGAGUUGCAUGCUGACGCAACUUUUAAAGUUGUGCCUUCAAUUCCACCAAGCCGUCAACUUUUUAUCAUGCAUUUAAUAUACCAAAACCACUCCAUACCGAUUGUUUAUGCAUUGAUGAAAUCGAAGACUGAAGAGGCAUAUACAAUCUAUAAUGACUGA